CUGUGGGGGGGUGUCAGUCGUGGCUUAUCUGGCGACUUUAUGUAUACGAUACCCCCAGGCAGGAACACGAGCAGUUCACUGCUGGCUAACCGGUCGGAGAAGUCGGUGAAGCCGAGAGUCUCGUUCGUGCGCGCAACGCGAGAGAGUCUUGUCUCGAACAAGGACGAGAGCGCAACGUGUUCGCUCGACGAAGAGAAAGACGGUCUCUUCUUUUCGAUUAAUUUGUCACGUGUACGGCGCGCGAGAAAAACAUCGUCUUCCUCCUAGUUGCACUUAUGUGUGGAAACCGCGUCCGCGCCACGUGAACGUCGUGCGUUAGUGCACGCGUCGGCGAGACAGUUUAGCAAGCUGAUCGGACAGAAUAGAUCGGUAUUCAGUGUUCAUUUCGAUCCGGGAUGAUCGUAUUCGUCUUUGUUUUCGCUUCGUUCUUUGUGACGAAGAACGAAGCCUUUCUCGUCGAGCCGAUGCCAGCUCUUGCGGUAUCGAGUUACAGCAUCGGUACUGAGAGGCGAAUGGAGAGCAAUAAAGUGAUCCAGAAUGCAAACGGCGAUCAUCAUUCACAAUUGAGUAACUUGAAGUCCGAUGACAACGAAGAAACAGUCUACGUAAUCAGCUAUAACGAAGAAGACGAGAUGGACGAAAGUUCAGAGAAUGAAAAAGACACGAGAGAAACCAUCAAGAGUGAGCACAAUCAUCCGUUAGAUCCAUGGUCGAUAGUCUGGUAUAUCGGCUCGUUCGGCGCUUUGGUGGCGUUCUUCCUGAUUGUCAGCUGUUCCGAGUGGUGUUGUCGGCGAAACGGCCGAUCCCUGACAGUACCUUACGCACAGCGUGCCGAAGGUACGGUGAGAACGCCCGGAGUCGCGGAAACCCCGCCGCCACCUUAUCACUUAUUUGCACCGCCUUCUUACGAUUCCGUCAAUUACGGCCAAAUCGUGGACAAGACGUCGGGCGAGAAAGUAGAUGUGUACGUGAUCUCGGUGCCGAUUCACAGACCGGUUGCGCAGGGCGCGCCGGCGUAGAAAAACAAGAAAAAUAAAAAAAAAUAAUAAUAAAAAAACAAGAAACUCGGUCUCUCGCCAAGGAUCAAGGCGAAUCAAACCAGCGAUCGACAAUCGCGCGUGCAAAAUAAUGUUUGCGUGAUGAACUGCCGGAAGAAGUCUUACGAGAAGUAGUUGAAACCUCACGCAAUGUCAAGUAUAACAUUGGCCCCUCCGACUAUUGAUAUCGUACUCUAACAAAUAAGUGAAAUAAACGAUUCAGUCAAUCACUGCCACUCGAGAUGGAACAAUCGAGAUUCAGAUGUUAAGAUCAGAUAGAAUACAUAAAGAAGUAUGUUCGUCGAGAAGAUUUUUAUUAAAUGCACUAAUUAAGAUAUUUGCUUCCAGAGCUAAUUGUAAGUCUAUCGAGUUCUUCGUGUUAAAUUUUUUUUGAGACAGUAUCGUCGACGAGUCGUUUAUUAUUAUUAUUACUGUUAUUAUUAUUAGUAACGAGUUGCGUUAGUACGUAUAUACCAUUAUAAGCAAAUUGUGAGAACUUACACGUGAUAUAGAUGAGAACCAUGAGAAUUUCCACGCCACAUGCGAUUGGCUCCAAUCGCUUACCGACUCUGUGUCAAUUAGGGACGAUUACAGUGUAGAUUAUAAAUCGACUGUACCACACGAGAAGAAGACGUCUUUCUGAGAACAAGGCCGUGAAAAUAUAAUUUGAGAUAAUAAUACGAGCGGGUAUACUCGUUUCGCGAGACAAUAUUCACGAUAAGAGCAGAGAGGAUAAACAAUCGUGGCUCUUGAUGCGAAUAAACGAAUCGCGAGCAAUCAAUCGCGCACGAAUUAAAUAUUAUUACUCUUUGCAAUUACGACAAAGUUUCUGCGCGAUUUUGUUUUUUUUUUUCGUCAGAAUAUGCUCUUGACACAUAUGACUUUAACAAAUAUAACCACGCGCAAAAGCGCUGUAAAUAUAAUAAUUCAUGCGAAACAAUUGUAAGAUAUUAAGUUUUGUUUAAUAACAAAUCCUCGAGUGGAAAAAAAAUCAAAUAGAAAAAAAAAUUUGAUCAAAUCAUAUAAUUUUUUCUGUGAAGUUGUAUCUUUUGUACAGUACUUGAUUAUUUGGAAUAUGUAAAACUGUGUCUGACACUUCCAUAUUAAUAACAAAAAAUAAACAGCACUUUUUAUAUAAUACUUUUUAUACCAAAUGUUAAUGUGAGACGCGCGCAAUUGAAACUCUGUUAUGUUAAGUGAGAUUUUAUUGUACAUUUGUAAUAAUAAAAGAACUUGAAAUUAAAGAAAUUUUAAAUUUAUAAAGAGUGACUUUUAUACUUGAAACAUAAUACGAUAAAUGUAAACGCUAAGCGUGUUACGUGUUUGUGUUAUGCCUUGUGUUCGUAGAAAGAGCUUCGUUAUCAGAGUAUAAACAGAAAAUUCUACUAUAUGCAAUAUUUAUGGCAAUACAUAUAUAUCUUCCAAGUUAGUCUUUCAAAUAAAAACGUGCGACAUGCAGACAGAAUAGAUAUAACUGUUUCAAUAAUAAAUCUUGUCCUUAAAAAUUUACUCAGUUAUAAAAUAUACUCUUAAACAGUAAAAUACAGUUUUUAAUUUGUUUCAGUUACGUUAAAUUUUAUGAUUUUUUGUGUAAUAAAACAAAUUUGAGAUAAACGUAAUUCAUUGUUGGGACAGUUAUUCUAAAUAUUCAUAGUAUAUAAAACAGAAUGGAAGUAAUGUAAUGUUCAAUACGAAGUCAAUUAUUAGUAAAGAUAUAAUAAUUAUUAUACGUAUGAUUAGAAUAUAAAAAUAAAAUUUCUUUAAGAGAAUAUGUUACAAACGAAACCAAUAUUUUGUAAUAGACUACGCGUUAAAAAGUUUCUCGCUUUAAGCGAAAUCUGAAUAAAUAGUUGUCUUGUAUCUAUAUUUAGAUUAACGUUAGUUAUAAUUGUAAAAAAAAACAUUAUAAAUACUAUGACUUGCGUAAUAAAAUAAAUAAUCAUAUCUAGAUAUUGCGUAAGUAAAUAAGAAACAAUAUAGAAAAUAGAUUAUAUAGCAAUCUUAUUUUUCACGGUAUGUUAUUUUUGUAAGGCGAAUAAUUCGACAAUUUUUCAUAUUGUUAUAAUUAUUGUUAUACUGUUAUAAUUAUACUUGACUGUAUUUACGAUUCGCAAUUAUUGAAAAUGUACUGUAAGUAAAUGCCUUUAUAUACGAAGUUGUAUCAAUAAUGCCUCGAUAAUUUUUUAACAAUAAAAAGUUAUAAUUUCUCAUGUAAACUUCUCAUAAAGGCAUUUACAAUCACUGUCUAUAUUGCGACUGACUCAUUAUCUAUAAGACUCACGAAAUGGCGUUAUUGAUACUUAUUUUUAUAUAUAUUUAUAUAUUUACUUUUAUAUAUAUUUUUUCUCUUUCUUUCUUCAUGUAAAAAUUAAAAAUUCUUUACAUCAAUCAACUUUAUACGUUAAUAUCUUUUUUUUUAACCACAUUUGAAAAUGUAUGUACAUCAUUCGCGCUACGUAACCGGCAAUAUUCAACUUUUUGUAAGACUCUAUUUUAGUUUUCACGAAACAUCUUACUGUGAUUUUUAUAAUUAUAUAUUU